AUGCCUACCAACGGUCAUAAUCAUGAAGAACUGGUGGUUUUGCCACCAAACGCCUUGGACAUGAGAACAACAGGGGUGAAUAACAACAACAACAACAACAACAAUAACAAUAAUAACAACCAGGCGUUCAAUGUAAGAGACCGUCUGUUUUAUGCAUUGUUCUACAAGGCUACCUUAGGGUAUGCUAGAAUAUUCCCAAGAUCUCUGAGGAGGCUUAUAGAAUUUGUAUUUUUAUUAAAGGCUGUCUUAUCAUUUUUUGUACUUGUUUAUGUGCAUAUGAAUUUCUCACGAAUGCCAGCCAACUGUUUAGAUCAUGUUAAAGACGUUUGGCCUAGAGAUGGCAUAUUACGAGUGGAGAUUAUUCGAAGUUAUCAACGUAGCUAUGCAGAACAAACAGGCAUGAUAAAUGAAUUGUUCACAGUAGAAAAGUCUUAUGAACGUGAAUACAAACUAAAACGUAUAGACACAAGUGAUGAAAAUUCGUCAUUGUUUAACCGCUUCACUAAAACUAAUAAUCCUGAGAACAAAAGAGAGGUCGAUAUUGAACCAUCAACAGAAGAAUUAGUUGAAAAUAAAUUUCGAGAGACUAGUACUCCAAAACCCAAUUUAUUCAACUAUGUGUCAUUUACAAAUUACUUAAGUGUUGAAGAUGAAAAAAAAGAAAUGUUUAGCAGUACUACUAAGACGAAUCGUCAUACCACUAGUAAAUCAAAUUUUUCAUUAGUAGAAGACUCAGCUCAAUUUCGUUCUACCAAGUAUCCAAAUAGUUCUAUUAGAGGUGUAUUGGGAAUCGAUAGUAGUUCAUUACUCCAGUCUACAAGUACCGCAUUACCUUCGAUUGACGACAAUGAAGGAAUAUUUUAUGAGAAUUACAUUGUUGAAUAUUCUUUGGAGUAUGGGUUUUUGCGUUUGUCGCCCAACGCCAGAACUCGGUUAGGAAUUCCAGUAAUGCUAGUAGCCCUAGAGCCUACUCGAAACAAGUGUUUUGGUGAUUCAGUGGGCCAGUUUUUCUUGGAGUAUUUCCUUGGCUAUGAUGACUUACUGAUGUCCUCUGUUAAAUCACUAGCUGAAAAUGAACAAAACAAAGGAUUUCUCAGAAACGUUAUAACUGGAGAACAUUAUAGGUUUGUGAGCAUUUGGAUGGCAAGAACGUCGUACAUUGCAUCAUUCUUUAUAAUGGUUGUAUUUACUGUAUCGAUUUCAAUGCUUUUGAGGUACUCGCACCAUCAGAUAUUUGUUUUCAUAGUGGAUUUGCUGCAGUUAUUAGAUUUUCACGGUUCGCUCUCUUUUCCGGCAGCGCCACUUUUGACUGUCAUAUUGGCUUUGGUUGGCAUGGAGGCCAUAAUGUCGGAAUUUUUCAACGACACCACCACGGCGUUUUACAUCAUAUUGAUCGUUUGGGUAGCUGAUCAAUACGACACCAUAUGCAGCCAUUGUCCGAUCACGAAAAGGCAUUGGCUAAAGUUUUUCUAUCUGUACCACUUUUCCUUCUACGCUUACCACUAUCGGUUCAACGGUCAAUAUAGCAAUUUGGCUCUCAUCUGUUCGUGGUUCUUUAUUCAGCAUUCCAUGAUUUACUUUUAUCACCACUAUGAGCUGCCGUAUGUGCUGCAGCAAGCCCAACUGCAGCAGGUGAUCAUCCAGCGGCAACAGCAACAGCAUCAGCACCAACACCAACACCAACACCAACACCAACACCAACACCAACACCAACACCAGCCAACCGGCGGGGAUUCCUUGCGGCCGGAGGGCAGAAAUCCGGUGGAGGUGACCAUCAGGCCGGUUCAGAAUUUUAGCCUGAUGAACGGACUAAAUAAUCUGGGUCGUUUGCGGACUGUGUUGUUGCGCCGACGGAGGGUGAGGACUUUUGAGCCACCACCGCCGCCGCCGAAUCCACCCCCAGCCACCCAACAGAAUGGGUCUCCCCAGCCUCCGCGGACGCCUUUGACGACGGCUGACACGACCGGAAGUGCUGGUUCGGAAAACGUUACGGCAGCGGCGCCCACUGUCGCAAUGCAAUAGUGCGCUUUAUAUUCGUGAUGAGCUGCCAAACUACCUACCACCUAUACCUUACAUACCUAUCUUAUAAUUACUUAUAAUACUCCUACUACAACAACAGUAACCAUCACUACUACCAUAACGACGAUGAAAAAAUAUUGCUGCUACUGCUCCUCCUGCUAUUAUUGUAAUGCAGUUAUUAUAAUGCCGCGCAGAUUAAAUUAUAUAUAUAUAUAUAUAUAUAUAUUAUAAUAAAUACACUAACGCUCUAUAAUCUGUGAUACACGUGUGAUAAUGGUGGUGAUGACGACUAAGACAUGUAAAACGAUGUAUAUAAUAUGUAUAUAUAUAUAUAUAUACAUAUAUAUCACGGGAUUCCAAACGGCAGCGGCAUGUGUAUAGCGAUCGUAUAAUAAUUAUAUAUUAUAUUGCUUUUGUUAUUAUUAUUAUUAUUUUGUAUUCUAUAUUUACUUCUGAAAACGGUACAAUCGAGCGUCCGGAAUAAAUUCAUCGUUUUUACAGUAAAUAAUAAUUUAUUAUCAUGUUGCAAUAAUAUUGUGUUUGUCGUUUUUACAAACUCAUUCGCGUGAUUGCGGGGCGGCCAUAUAAAACUGCUGUCGACUUGCUGUGGCGGUGAAAGUAGCAACGGAAAAUAAAAGUGGUGACGGAGCCCGGGAACGUUUUUUUUUUUUUAUAUUUUAGGGUUGUAUUUGUUUUUAUUUUCACUCUACCUAGUUUGUAAAUUACGAUUGUAUAUUUCUUUUUGUUCUAUAGCAUUUGUAAUUAAUAUAUAUAUAUAUAUAUAUAUAUAUAAUAUGUUAAUUAUUAUAUGCUACUUGUUAUUUUAAAAUAUUGAUAAUAUUAUAUAAUUAUACCGCCGUACUAUAAUAUAUCGUGCAGUGUAUAUGUUGUGUAUGACGUGUACGUAAUUUUUUCGAACAUUCAAUUAUAUUAUAUAAACAUGUA